ACAAAGCAAUCAGAUACGCAGUUGGUGCUUCUGAAACUUUAGUUGUACCAAAUAUACAGUUCGAAACGCUUUUUGUAAACGUCUUGUAUUUUACGCGAAAAAAAAUAAAAUCGGUUGAAUAUGAAGUUUCAGUACAAAGAAGAGCAUCCGUUUGAAAAACGAAAGGCCGAAGGAGACAAAAUUCGUCGCAAAUAUCCAGAUCGAGUACCUGUUAUUGUUGAAAAAGCUCCUAAGGCACGCAUCGGAGAUUUGGACAAGAAAAAGUAUCUGGUACCUUCCGAUCUCACCGUUGGACAGUUUUACUUUCUGAUUCGUAAGCGUAUUCAUCUUAGGCCAGAGGAUGCUUUGUUUUUCUUCGUGAAUAAUGUAAUUCCGCCUACUUCGGCUACUAUGGGAUCUCUUUACCAGGAACACCACGAAGAGGACUACUUCCUUUACAUCGCCUAUUCGGAUGAAAAUGUGUAUGGCAACAAUUAAGAAUAGAAGAAAGAUGUAUAAAUAUUUAAUCAGUAAUCAUUUAACUAUAUUUAAUUUUCAAAAGCUACUUCAUGUCUGUGUAUGUUAAGCUUCACAGCUAGCAUCAUUAUCAAUAAACUAAUGAGUUGAUUUUAGUGGGUUUUAACUAUGCACAAUUUCAA